AUGCCAGAAGCAGACAACAUCGUCAAGGAGCCGCCGCGCAAACCAAACCGCAUUCGCACCUCUUCAAAAACAACUCCUCCAGGAACCAUCGACGCUGCAAUGCUCAACGGCAGCACCUCUCCUUCAACAAGAGCCCCCAUCCCUCUACCUCGAUACAACCUACGACCCGUCGUCCCCUUCGACUCUAACGAUGUCUCUCACUCUGUUUUAUCGAAAGGCCCUACAACCGACGAGUUGUUUGCAACCGCUGGACAAAGCUCUCUGCGAAAGACCGGCAUUCCCCUCGAACGAGGGAUCCCUUCUGUAGCCCCAGAAACCAGUAAUAUACCCAGGACAGCAUCCGAUAUCCCAGGACGUGCACCACUCCCUCCUCCAAAGCCAAAGCGUAUUUCCCUUGCUCCACAGCCUAAGGCGAAGCCACUGAGCUUGCAGUCGGUCCCUCUUCAGCCCAAAGUGGACAAUCCUACCCGCUCCACAUCGUCACCUGCAACAAUCCCUCCAACAGCUAACAAACCAGCAGCGCUGUCGCUAUCUGCACCGGUCAACCUAGGGAGGAUCCAAGGCAUGUCCCAGUCCCACGAGCUGCCACGACCUAAAUUCGCCUCUGCCCCUCUUGUUUCCUCGUCGCCAGUCCCACUAAAGAAACCACGAUCGACGGAACACUCAAUGGAUGGACAGCCUGUUCAAUUGGAGCAAACGCCGCAACGUACUCGACAUCCGCCCGUCUCUGCAAGUGCGAGAGCGAAAGCAGUCGUGAUUCCAACAUUGGAGAACAGUUGGGUCGAUUCGACUUUGUCGUCUUCCGGUCCAACAUCUCCAGGAACGAACCCAACAUUGCUCGGCGCACGGUCAAGAUUACGGUCUACCUCCGACGCGAAAGCCUCGACGUCAUACUCUGUGGCUUUCCCUCAGACCACUAAAACAAUGUCGCCUCCGAUAUCUACCCUUGAUGGCGGGUACUUUGGAUCGACAGACAUGAGGGGACACUCUGGAGCAUCACAGUUGCCAACCUAUCCGUCACGAAGCAAUGGAGACUACGGCGAACUCUCGGACGAUGCGCAGGAACCAGGAAGCCCGGCGGCCUCAGUUACAUUGACGGCAUCACUCCACAAGAUCCAGGCGUUGGCUCAUGAGCAGACAGAGCGGAUGAAGCAGAUCAAUUACAGCGAGAAGAAGGCGGAUCUUGCCGAUGUUGUCUAUGAGAAGAGUUCUGUGUGGAGGGCUCGAGGCGCUGAGUGGGGUGGAAUCGCAAAGAAGGCCUGGGAUGAUCGCGGCGGCAUGGGCGGUAUUGCCGGCGGGCUAACCGAUCGCUGGAAGCGUCGAGCUGAUGGGACGAAUGAGGGGCAACAGGAUUAUUCUCGACCUGGGAUCGCGGAUUACAUCUUCGGACUACCACUGGAAGAUGCUGUCAGGCUGUCCAAGAUAUCGGCGACUACUGGAGUGCCUGCUGUUAUUUCAAGGUGCAUAGAGUAUCUUGACAUCAUGGGCGUUGAGGAGGUCGGCUUGUAUCGGGUACCAGGAAGUACCUCCAACGUAGCGCGUCUAAAAGCCAUGUUUGACCACGGACACGACUAUGACUUCUUGCAGAAAGGGAAUGCGCCGCAGAACCCACACGAUGUCGCUACUCUCCUCAAGCUUUACUUCCGUGAAUUGCCAUCCCCAAUCAUUUCAUCGGAUACCAUGUUGACCUUCAACAACAUCGACUUUUCAGACGCCAAACCUCUGCACCAACAAAAACUCCAGGAUACGCUCGGCCUGCUACCACUGGAGAACUACAUCUUGCUAGGAACACUGUGUCACCAUCUUUCGAAUCUCGCCGACUAUGAGAACUGCACUAAGAUGAACAUUUCCAACCUGGGUCUUAUCUUUUGCCCGACUCUACAGAUCGGAUCGGUACUCUUCAAGAAUCUACUCGGAGGGGACGGUGGCGACGAGGAGCGUAGGAAGGGUCUAUUGGCUGUUUGGAGCGAUCUGGAGCGGAAGCACGAGGAAAUGGAGAAUCUGGAGAUGAUUAAAGACUUUGAGAUGGGUAUUCGGCUCGAGAAGGAGGAGGGGCGCCUAUCCCAUCAACAGCAGUUUGACAGAUCACAAGAAAACGACUAUAUCACCAAGGACCGACGACAAAGCUGGGAGGAAAUUGACCGUAGUCAACUUGAGACGGCGACGACGACGACGCACCACUCCAGAGUCGGAUCGGACCCGCGGCGGAACGGAAAAGUGAUUCUCUCGCCUGACACCACCCUCGGAUCCAAUAGUUAUCUGUCACUCCCCACCAAGACGGCCAAACCUGCCGAGACGACGUUUGAUCUUUACGACGAACUAAUGACCAAGGAGAUAGACGAGGCCACCAGCACGCCGCUCAUAGAUUUCUUGGUGGACGACGACGGUGAGUCGGAACAAGCGCAGUCAAGGUGGCGCAGACAUGCGCGCGAACCGGCGACGAAUACACGUACUCAGAGCCAGCCUGCUCGUAGUUCGAUGACGGCGACAACAACGACGAACACGACACGACAUGAACGAGUACCAGCAGUGUCUGUUCGAUAUUAA